CAAAUUUAUUGAAAUUAUUAAAUUUUUGAAUAUAAAAGUUUUUAAAAGAUAUAAAUUUAAAUAAUGCUAGUGACCGCGAAAAUGUUGACGUUUAUAAGAUUUAUAUUACAUUUUAUAAAUAAACAGUAACUAAAAUAAAAAUCAAAUGAAUAAAUGCCAAAUUAUUAUAUGCUGGAUUAUUAUAGAAUCUGGAGAUAAUCAAAUAUUCAUCAGACGAUAAUCAGACGUGUAGUGUGAUAUAAGACUUGCUUAUUUUUGUGAUAAUAAUUUGACAGUAAUAUGGCUGGCAAUUUUUGGCAAAGUUCACAUCAUCAACAAUGGCUUCUUGAUAAACAAGACUUAGUGCGAGAACGACAACAUGAUCUUUCAAUUUUUACAGAAGAAGAAUAUCAAAAAUUAUUCAUCUUUUUUUCCAAUUUAAUACAAGUAUUGGGUGAACAAUUAAAACUCAGACAACAAGUUAUAGCUACUGCAACUGUUUAUUUUAAAAGAUUUUAUGCUCGUAAUAGUUUAAAAUGUAUAGAUCCAUUAUUAUUAGCACCUACAUCUGUUUUCUUAGCUUCAAAAGUAGAAGAAUUUGGAGUUAUUUCUCAUAAUAGAUUAAUUGCAGCAUGUCAAACUGUAGUAAAAAAUAAAUUCAAUUAUGCCUAUUCACAAGAAUUUCCUUAUCGUGGAAGUCAUAUUUCUGAAUGUGAAUUUUAUCUUUUGGAACAUUUAGAUUGUUGUUUAAUAGUAUAUCAACCAUAUCGGCCUUUAUUAAUUCUUAUUCAAGAUAUAGGUCCAGAUGAACAAUUACUUACAUUGGCAUGGCGUAUAAUUAAUGAUAGUUUACGUACAGAUGUAUGUUUAUUAUAUCCACCACAUCAAAUAGCUAUUGGGUGUUUGCAAAUAGCUUGUGUUAUAUUGCAAAAAGAUUUAAAAGCAUGGUUUGCUGAAUUAAAUGCUGAUAUGGAAAAAAUUCAAGAAAUCGCACGAUAUAUCAUUAAUUUAUAUGAAUUAUGGAAAACAUAUGAUGAAAAAAAAGAAAUUCAAGGUUUAUUAUCUAAAAUGCCAAAGCCUACACCAUCACCACCACAGCACUGACAACAAGUUCUUUUAUCAUCUAAUAUUUGGGACUGACUAAUAAAAGUAAACAUUUUUACUUUUGUUAAUUUAAAUGACGAACUGGUUUAAUUUAUGAAAUAUUAAUUUUUAUAUUUGUAUUAUAUUUUUACCAUAAUUAUUUUUUUAAACAAAAUUAUUCUAAAUAAAAAAUAAAAUAAAAA